CGGCUCGGCGCAGUCGGGCGUCUUGACGCUGGAGCGGCUUGAGGAAGCGGCGGUUUGUGAGCUCGGUUUGGUGUCGGAGUUGAACUGCUCUCGGGUGGACCGGAGCCCGCGUUCCCCCGCGGCGUCCUUCAGCCUUAGUGAUGGCUCAAGAAGCAAUGGAAUAUAACAUUCAAGUGCAGGUGGAACAUCCUGCCUCAGAACAGCUUGUUCCUGAUGUGUUCGUCACCAGGCCAGGACAGUUUCUCAUCCUUCCGCCUCAUGUUGAAGUUGUCAGCAGCCAAGAGGGAUCACUUGUGAUCCAGCCUAAUCGUGUUGAAGUUGUGAACAGGCAAGAGCAAGCAGCCCUGCUUCAGCCUACCUCUGCCGAAGGGGCCGACAGCCAAGGGAUGCCCCCCUUGCUCCAGCCACCUCCCACAGAUGUAGGCCACAGACACUUCAUAGUGCCCCUGCCUCCACCUGCUCCCCAGGGCUCUGUCAGCCAGCCAGAGGAAGUGGGCCUUGCCGGGGAGGUUCCUGUGGAGACCAUGGAUCCUGGAGCUCCUGAGCAGCACGGGCAGAUCCCUGCAGCUAACCACAAUUUCCAGGAGGCUUCAUUGGGUUCCGUGAGCAACUUCAUCAGUGGGCUACAGAGACUUCACGGCAUGCUGGAAUUCCUGAGACCCACUGCAGAGCACAGUGUGGGGCCGGUGCGAGUAAGGAGAAGGGGUGCUGCUUCACGCAGAGCCAGAAUUGGAGGGUCGCAAAGGACCGAUAAUGCCAGAUUGAGAACACCACUGGAUGCUUAUUUCCAGGUGAGCAGGACCCAGCCUCCCAUGUCAGAUACCACUGAUAAUUCAGGCACUAGGAAUCCUGUGCCUGAAAAUUUGGUUCUGUCAAGUGGUUCUGCUUCUGACAGUGAUAGCUCUGCAGAGAAUGAAGAAGUGGUUGCCCAGCCAGAGCAACCUGGAGAUGUCGUUUUAGAAGAGCAAGAAGGAGGUGUCUCAACCGAGCAAGAAGCUACAUGUACCGGUGAAGGCAAGGUUGCCUCCGAACAGUCUCGCAGUGGGUCCAGCCCUGUCGCACCUUCUGCUUCUGUUGAUGAUGAAGAAGGGGACACUUGCACGAUUUGUUUGGAACAGUGGACCAAUGCUGGGGAACACCGGCUGACAGCACUACGUUGUGGGCAUCUCUUUGGGUAUAAGUGCAUUUCUCAGUGGCUCAAAGGACAAGUACGAAAAUGUCCCCAGUGCAAUAAGAAAGCCAAGCACAGUGACAUCGUUGUUCUUUAUGCCCGAAAUCUGAGAGCUUUGGACACGAGUGAACAGGAGCAGCUCAAGAGUUCCUUACUGAAGGAGCAAAUGCUUAGGAAGCAUGCUGAGUUAGAAUCAGCCCAGUGCCGGCUGCAGCUCGAGGUCCUCACUAAUGAAUGCACUAAACUGCAGAAUCGUAUUCAGGACUUGCAAACCCUGAUUCUACAACAUAGGGAACAGACUUUACAGCAGCCCGGAGGCUCUCAGGCACAGUCCCUGGGCUGCCAGCCUUCCAGCCAGGGGCAGCACAAAUACCACUUCGAGAAGACCUUCCCAGUAUCUCAGACAGGAAACUGCCGGAUCAUGGCAUACUGUGAUUCUCUUAGCUGCCUGGUGGUGUCGCAGCCUUCUCCUCAGGCCUCGUUCCUUCCAGGCUUUGGUGUUAGGAUGUUGAGUACUGCCAACAUGAAAAGCACUCAAUAUAUUCCGAUGCAUAGCAAACAGAUCCGUGGUUUGGCUUUCAACACCCGGUCUAAAGGCUUGCUGCUUUCUGCUUCCUUGGACAAUACAAUUAAACUGACCAGCCUGGAGACAAAUACUGUGGUGCAGACUUACAAUACUGGACGGCCUGUUUGGAGCUGUUGCUGGUGUCUCGAUGAAAGCCAGUAUUUCUAUGCUGGACUGGUCAGCGGUUCAAUCCUUGUAUAUGACCUGCGGAAUACAAGAUGUCACGUCCAGGAAUUGGUCUCUCAGAGAGCCAGAUGCCCAAUGGUAUCCCUGUCAUACAUACCCAAAGCUGCCUCAGCUGCCUUUCCGUAUGGUGGGGUACUGGCUGGAACCUUGGAGAAUGCUUGCUUCUGGGAGCUGAAAGCAGGCCUUCUGCAUUGGCCUUAUUCACUGCCCUUGGAGCAAGGGGGCUGCGUAGACUUUCAGACCGAAAACAACACCCGGCACUGUCUUGUGACCUUCAGGCCAGAUAAAAACCACAACACUAUGCGAAGUGUACUGAUGGAGAUGUCGCACAGGAUAAACGAUGCUGGAGACCGCGUCUGCCUCUGCAAUCCUGUACAGACGUUCCACGGUGGCCCCACUUGCAAACUACUUACCAAAAAUGCCAUCUUCCAAAGUCCAAAGCAUGAUGGCAGCCUUUUGGUGUGUACUGGGGAUGAAGCAUCAAAUUCUGCCUUGCUGUGGGAUGCUGGCAGUGGCUCCAAGUUGCAGGACCUGCAGACUGAUCAGCCUGUGUUGGAUAUCUGCCCAUUUGAGGUGAAUCAUAGUAGCUACUUGGCCACCUUAACAGAGAAGAUGGUCCACCUCUAUAGGUGGCAGUGACCUUAGUUUUGAACUUUCAGACUGCUGAUGAUGAUAAUUUUAAAUGUUUUUUGCUGGCACCUGGCAGUGCUCAGUAAUAUUCUUUGGUAUUACUUGUGGACUAGAAUUUGGGGACCAUGGUUCUUUUGGAUUAAUAUGAUUCUGGAGCACCAGGUCACUGAGACACUCUGGAUUAUCUGUCUGCUCUGUCCCUUGAGUGGUGGUACUCCAUCUACAUUGUCCAUUUCUUGGGUUACAAGCCUCUAUGAGUUGUUUGGGAACUUACCUUUAUUUCCUGUCUUUCUGUUGGGACUGAGAAUAUCCUCUCAGCAAUCAUUCACCAGGCAUUUUCCAGGGAAUAUGACACCCCUUCUGAAUGCCUUUUUCACUACUGAUUGCCUUAGGGGUGCUGCCUUAUUGAAAGCCUAACCAUUCUGGUCUCUUCAAUGCAGUGUGGGUAUACACGUCUUCUGCUGAACACCAGAGGGCACUGUGGAACCUUGUAUAUGAUUUAAUUUCUUUCUCAUCCUAAUGGCUAACCUUUCAGUAUCUUGGUCUCAGAUCCACAGAGUGUGGGAGAAUAUAUCUGGCAUUCUUUGCGGCAACAGUGGUGUUCAAGGCACACAGUCCUGGGAUGAGAGAAAUCCCAGUGAUGCAGGCCACUGAUGAGGGUUAGAGCCUUUGCCAAUGCUGAGUGCAUUAAAUUCACUGCAUUUUUUGAGAGCUAAACCGGAGACCAAUUGUUUCAGCAAUAGGGAAGACUAGUGUUGUAGCUAUUUUAGGAUCUCAGGGUUGGUGUUAGCCAAGUCAAAGCUUGAAAUAAUACUGUGUUUCCCCUUCACUAGGAAACAUUGAAAGAUUUGGCAAAGCUCUUAAGUCUCCCUGAGUAUCAGAGCUCAAGAGCAAAGGACUGAGAGCUCAGAGGAGAGAAGUUGCACUAAAACUGCUGUGGAGGCUGUAAAGGCUUGUUUCCACCAUUCUGAGAUUUCAUAUCCGAAUAAGCCAAUCCCUCAGUAAGGGACUAUUCUUGAGCAUGUUUUUAAAUCCAGGUAUAGUAAACUGAUGCUUGACUUCAGUCCCUCUGAUUGGCCUCUAUAACUUGUGAAGGUGUGGUUAGUAAAAGGUUAUUCUCCCUCUAGUGGAGGCUCAGUUGCUUUUUGCCUCAGGCUCCUUUGUUAAACCACCACCCUCAUGAGAACAUGCUCAGGAUAGGGUGGCAGGGUGGCUUUUCCUUUAAUGAUUAUUAGAGAGGUGUUAUUUUGAUUAUAAAACACUUCUGAUUGCCAACUACUGAAUCAUUCCCAGGAUUUAUCUCAGCAACCAGGGAGUGUUGCAGUGGAUUUCCCCAAGUUCCAAAUUCUAGAUGCUAGCCUUUUCAUGACCUCUUUGCAUCUGAAGAUAAAUUUUUAAAAGCCUGCUUCUGGAGCCUGGGCAUAGCCCCCUUUUCUCAGAAAAGAUGUUUCUUUUGGUCGUCGAGGAUUACAGGCGGCUGUUUAGGCCUGAUGCUUCAGAAGCAGGAUACCUGUAAUAAAGCCAAAGUCACCUGACUUCAGACUGCCGGAAAGCAUGCAGGUGGUCAGUCUAGCAGGGGAGGAGUUGACUCCGAGAUCUCCCCUAGGACUAGGAACCAGGGCCUACCCUCGCAGUCCUACGGCAUACUUGGAUAUUUUAGAAGUAAAUUGACAUGACCAUGACUGAUUUUUCCACUGGGAAGCCCUGGGGGAGAGCAGAACCACCCUUCCUGCAGGAAACUGUCCUUAGCUAGCUUUAGUCCACAGGGUACCACCAAGGUCCCUGUCUAUCAUGUUUCCUUACCUCUGUCUACCUCUUAUAGGGGUUUCCCCAUUAGAGGAUUUAGAGUUAAGCUGAUUCACAAUGUCAUUUUUGUGUGUCUUUGUGUCUGCUUGAAAAUGGGUGGGUAGAACCUGUUCAUACUCUUUUAAUAUUUGUGUUUUCUAUUUUAGUGUUAAUAAGAAAAUAAAGAGUUUGCC